GAGCUGAAGAAGAAGUACGAACACGACCACGAAAUUGCUGCGUUGAAGAAUGCUCUGCCGGGCGAGGGGGAUCCUAACGCUGCAGGCGUUGCCCAGAGCAACGACAAGAUGCUCUCCGUUCAGAAGAAUGCCGAGAACAGGAGCCUGAAGACCAAUCGGCUCUUCCCGACUCCGAACAAGCCAGACCCAAUGCCGCAGAACCUUGCAUUCCUCUUCACCAAGAUCACGCCGGACCGAAAGGGGAUCAUAGUUCUGGUUCACUCGUUCCAUGCAGAGGAGCAGAUGAUCUACAUGUGGAAUGUGCUUACGGCAAUCUUCUUCAGCCAAGUGUUGAUGGUGAUCGGCUACUGUGCAGCCUUGGCUUGCUUCCCAGACUACUGGUGGACCUGCACGCUCUGCUUCGGCAUCCCGUUCUCGUACAUCGCCAUCCAGAACAUCUACAUUGAUCACGACGUGAUGCAUGGCGCCACUUUCCCGGUUUACGAGUGGCAGCGCUUCCUCACCCAUCCAUUUGCGGAUUUUUUUUCGCUCCCGUGGGAAGAGUUUGUCCUGGAGCACAACCGGCAUCACGCCUCGACGGUUGACCUGCUGAUCCAGGGCGAGUUCGGCUGGGACCCCGAGGAGUUCCACUACGCCCUCCAGCAGUGGGCCGGACCAUGGGGCUCCAACUGGUACAAGUACCUGCUCACCGUCCCAUUCAUCCCUGUGAUCCAUUUCUUUGGCCUGAACGAUACUGGCUCUCUGUUCGCCUUGGAGUGGUGGAUGCACUUCCCCGACGAGGGUGCAGGUGGCAAGUGCAACAAGGAAUUCUGGAGCAAGUGGGUUCCACGCCGCGUCAAGCACAAUGCCUUCGUGCUCUGUUUGUGGGCGCUUGUGUGGCUGCUCGGCACCUACCCUCUGGGACGUCCUCUUAGCGAGGGCUGGCGGUUCAUGUUUACAGUGUCCUUCUUCGCUCGCGUCGGCUACUCCGCAGCCUGGAUGUUCAUCACCAACUUCACUCAUAGCUUGCCUUGGAACGAGUUCCUGGCGCAGGAUCCGGGCCGCACCUGGCCUGUUCUUCACAACGUGAUGGCCAUGGUUCUGGGAGGGAAGCACCGCUGGAACGAGAUGCUCUUCCACGAUGUCCAUCACGCUUUUCCAAAUGCCGUAGGCACGCUGAGCCAGCGCGGCCGCUUCCACGGCUGGGAGAAGGUUCAUGAUGCAGCUGCAGAAGUCCUGCACCGCGGGCUGUGGAAGCCCAACGGUGACGAGGAGACCCAGAUGCAGAAGACGCAGAAGAAGCGCUCCAUGAUGAUGAAGCAGGGCAAAUGA